GUGCUGCUCCCAGAGGCGUUUUCGGUGGCACGUCCCAAACUCUUCAGAUUUUUGAUCCCUAAGAGCAGUGAUGGUGGUUUGGAACGUGAUUUAUGCCCCGCUCCUUCAGCAGGUAGCGGCAUGCUGUCUCUGAAACUUCCCAGCCAGCUUCGCUCCUAAGGGUGUGUGCGAAGGCACGUUCUGCUUAGCCUCUUGUGCCCCAGCUGGCAUCUGACUGAAUACAGGGUCUGCUUUAGGUCUCUCUGUAGACCACUUUGUAUCUCUCGGCUUACAUCCUGGUGCAACACGCUGCCUUACGCUGUUGGCAGGAUGCAUUGCCUUUUCAUCUUUCAUAAUGCAGUCUCAUCUGGGACUUGGGUGUCCCAUAACACCUGGUUAGGUGUUGCUGUCAUUUAACGCGCAAUUAAUAUGUUCAUCUAUAGCUGUGACUCAAAGGUCUUUGUUAAUGGAACUGUUGCUGUACAAAAGAUGAGAGGAGUCAUCAAUACAGAAGGGUCGGACUAUUGUAAAGAAGAAUGAGAGAAAGAGCAAGGGUUGGAAUAACAAGUGAGUGCCACCUAGGAAGACAAAAUGCAGCGGUAUGGGGGAGCACAGUUCUUGAAAACAAAUAGUUCAAACUGCAAUACUUUGAAGUGAGGUCUCAGGCUUUCCCUUGGAUAUUUACUUUAGUGGACCCAGCAGGUCUGUUUAACAGGCUUUAUUGACACAUGUUGAACUGGCUAUAGGAUUUUUUUUUUUUUUUUUUUUUUUUAAUACUGUGGCCCAAGUGCUGUCUUGGGUUCAGUGCUUAAAUUUAUGGGAACAGAGCAAUGGCUCCUAUGGGAGAUAACACCUCUGAAGUAACUAACCCUAGGGAGCAUGAGGAGAAAGAGUGAGCAGCUCACUGACUGCUCAGGUAGUUCUGAGUAAGUUCACAGAUUUUUCCUCUGUUUAGUAGGGAGGCAAAGCAGCUAGUAGGGUUUUUUUAAGUAUGUUUCAGAACUGAGCCAAGUAGCACUGCCAAGGUUGCAGUAGUGUCAUUUCCUCUGCUUUAACUGGAAGUGGCAAAUAACACUCCAUAUUGUAUUACUGGAAGUAGGAAAUAAUGCUGAAUAUUGUGUGCUAAGACCAGCCCUAGGCCCAGAGAAAAAUUCUCUCUGACCUUGGUCCUUCUGUAAUGAUUGCACAAUGAGUGACAAAGCAUCCAAAGACAUUUGUGAAACUUCUGGACUAGCAUCUCUUCAACAUCAGUUCCCAAACUGCUUGAUGAAUGCUACGUGCGAACUCAGAGGUUGUUCUCAUGCUGUGACAUAGAGACUUGCUGUGAAGGUUUAGUGUCUCUGAAGUACUUGAAAACAGUACUUUGAUGAGUGAUGCUGUCCCGGAACCCUACAUGAGUUGUAAUUCAGCGGUAAUUGUGCUGCUGUGUUUUCAGAGUCAAUGUUGACCUUAUAUUCUGUCCUAUUUGGACUGCAUGGACUUUUCAUGGGGCAGGUGCUGCUGUUUGUUGUUGGAAGAAAUAAUAAACCAGCUGUAGCUACUGUACGUCCUGAUAAGGCUGCAGUGGAAAAAGUGAAGGCCAUCUGAGUUGUGACUUGACUCUUGAGCUUUAACUGAGCUCCACAUGGACCAUAAAAUGUGUUUCUCUAUUUAAGUUCACAUCAUGGAUUAUCAGGCCUCCAUGGUAAAAUGUCAAGCUCUGGAAAAAGGCCUCUCUUCUAACAGAAUUUCUGGCAACUCUCUUGGGAAAUCUGAUCUAAGAAAUUAGUAUCUCAGAAUACAGUAUCACAGUCCGAUUAAAAAGAGGAGAGGGAGCUUGAGUGUACCAGUGAGAACUUCAGAUAUCAUUUAAUAGAUCUGACCUGCAUUCCCCUUUGCUGUUUCUGCCCUUUCAGGGGAGACCAAGUUUCUGUGGAAGUUUUCCUUUAUGGGGUCUCACGCAGACUGAUGAGCGUCCUCAAUAAAAAAUAGAGGGGCAAUUUUUUUUAUUUCUUUUCAUGUCUGUGGAGCCAUUAGAAUAAUUAUCACCUAGCUGUUUGCACUCUGGGAAUAGGAGAUAAAACAUUUUGUCUGUUUGCUUUAUGGACCCAAUUAGAGUCAUUUGGUCAAAGAACAAAGUUUUAGAAGCCUCCACAUAAAGUGUGUGCUGCUUGCUUGCUGCUCAGGCUUCUUAAUCUUCUCCCUGAAUAAUCUAGUGCAAGUGGAAAAUGCACAUGGUACAGAUUUCGCCCAUCUGUAACCUGUUUUACACCAAAACUGUUUGACUACUUUGUUUGUCUGGGUCUAAAUAAAGUUGAUUUCUUUUUAAAGUUGAUUUUUACGUCACAACUCUUCUGGCUUGCCAUUAAUUGCGCUCUGUCCAGUUGUUAGGUUCCUCUCGGUUUUGAUGCUGGAUGUUCCCAGCAUAGGGAAAAUCAAUGAACGUUUUUGAUCAUUUAGUAGGAAUGAUUUUUUAUUAUUUAUGUGAACAGUUAGUUCUAGUUGUGAAUUUUUGCAGAGUGAGUGGCUCUGUUGGAUUUGAAGAGGUAAUCAUACUUGGGGAUUCGUGAGUUCCUUGAACUAGUUAAUUCACUUUUUUUUUUGUGUAAGAGAUGAUGGUUGUCAUGUGAUUCAGUUUUAAUGGUGGUUUCUGGAAAGUAUCUUAAGUGGUUUACACCCAGAGCCUGAAGUCUGUAGGCAGGUGGUGCAUUGUCACGUUCAAUUUGAAACUGCUACCUGGACAGUAUCUCUGACAGUGCUGUGAAAAAAUUUUCAGUACUACCAUCUAUCCUGAGACUAGCAAUGCUGUCAAAGCUAGUUUGACUGAGGCAGCUGCCUGGUUUUGGAAAUAUGCAAGCUGUUGCAUGCACAAGUGUCCAGCUGUUGAAAUAGUAAACUGCUUGCUUUUUUUUUAAGGAGGGUGAAGGGAAAGGAACCCCUGUUCCUGUCUCAAUGAACAACGAAACAAAUGACUUGUAGUUGACCUUUUCCUUUCUUAUGAUAGUUAAAGUUAGAGAAUUGGUGGCUUUAUUUUUUCCCCUUACAUUUCCCAACUUCAUGUAAGUGAGAAUCCUGUCCAAAUAGUAUUUAAUCAGUGCAUUUAACCCCUUAGUGCUACCCUGUGGGGGUGGGGGGAAUAAUUUUGUGAGUGCUUUCAAUUUGCUCUCACCCCUCCUAGCAUACAACGGAGAGGGCCUGGACUUAAAGGCGAUGACUUGACUCUUCAGUUGCUCUACCUUUUUGAGGCACUAAUUUUUUUUCAAUUAUUUGGUUUUGUAUUUGACUGUUUCUCUUAGGAGAACAUUUUGUUUCCUGCUCAGUUUGUAACUGGCUAGAAUGUUCCAAAGUCAGCAGUCUAGAGCCCUGGGUGAGGAGUUUGGGUCGUGCUUUAAGUCACUACCACUGCUCUUAGGGACAAAAAACCUUUAGAACUUGGAGUCCUGCCAGUCCCAUGCUGGAGAGCACAAGAACCUUGAUGAGAAUCCUACCAGAAUGCAAUUCUGCUUCUUGGAUAUAAAGAUGCAAUGGACCAGCUCGAGCAGAGGGUAAAUGAAUUUUUUAUGAACGCAAAGAAAAACAAACCUGAAUGGAGAGAAGAACAAAUGACAUCAAUCAAAAAAGAUUAUUAUAAGGCUUUGGAAGAUGCAGAUGAAAAAGUGCAACUGGCUAAUCAAAUAUAUGAUUUGGUAGACCGUCAUUUGAGAAAAUUGGACCAGGAACUUGCUAAGUUCAAAAUGGAACUUGAAGCAGAUAAUGCUGGAAUUACAGAAAUACUAGAGAGAAGGUCUCUGGAGCUGGAUACACCAUCACAGCCUGUGAAUAAUCAUCAUGCCCAUUCUCACACUCCAGUAGAGAAAAGGAAACACAAUCCGUCUUCUCACCAUAGUACCACAGAUCAUGUUCCUGAAAAGAAGUUUAAAUCUGAAGCUCUCCUAUCUACCCUGACUUCAGAUGCUUCUAAAGAAAAUACACCAGGGUGUCGAAACAGUAAUUCAUCAUCCUCUUCAAACAAUGCAUACAAUACAAACUCUUCUCAACCAUUGGCAUCAUAUAACCUGGGCUCAUUAUCUUCAGGAUCCGGGGCCGGUGCAAUUACCAUGGCAGCAGCUCAAGCAGUGCAAGCCACGGCGCAGAUGAAGGAAGGAAGACGAACAUCCAGUCUAAAAGCCAGCUAUGAAGCAUUUAAGAACAGUGAUUUUCAGCUUGGAAGAGAAUUUUCGUUAUCCAGAGAUUCAACUGGAUAUUCGUCAUCAGCUCUGGCAUCUACAUUAACACAGACAUUAAGUUCAUCAACCACAGAUUCACGAAGUGGCAGAAAAAGCAAAAACAACAACAAAUCCUCAAGUCAGCAGUCCUCAUCAUCUUCCUCUUCUUCAUCUCUGUCAUCAUGUUCUUCUUCAUCUGCACUGGCACAAGAACUGUCUCAGCAAACAGCAGUAAUACCAGAGUCUGAUUCUAAUAGCCAGGUUGACUGGACCUAUGAUCCAAAUGAGCCACGUUACUGCAUUUGUAAUCAGGUGUCCUAUGGUGAAAUGGUAGGCUGUGAUAACCAAGAUUGCCCUAUUGAGUGGUUCCACUACGGGUGUGUUGGACUGACAGAAGCACCGAAAGGGAAAUGGUACUGUCCACAGUGUACAGCUGCAAUGAAGAGAAGAGGCAGUAGACAUAAAUAAGUUUCUUCAUCUGGAAAACAAAUUGCAUACUGAAGGUUUUAUAGAGGACUUGGGAGGGGGAGGAACCCCCACCACACUUCCUUGCAACCACUUAGGGGUUAACAUAGCAGGCAUAAGAUCUUGAUUUUGCUAGUUGUGUUUUAAUAUUGUAAGUAAAUUAUUUAUGCACAUUGAUGUGCUACAGAUACUAUUCCAGUGAGCCUUGGAUUGUUCCAGUGGCCGACAUAUGCAGACAUUUGUACUAUCAAACCAUUUUCUCUUAAGCAGUGGGCAUUCUACAAUUACUCAAUCUUCAAAAAAAUUCCAAGAAGUCAAGAUUUUAAAUGUAUGUUUUAUAUUCAACAGAUAUAUUCUGCUGCAUGUACUGUACUCAAGAGCUGUUAUGUAACACUAUGUAUAUAAAUGGUGCAAAAAGUCAGUGCUUCUGAAAAAAAAAUGAGACAAUGGUUUUUAAAAUGCCUUUAUAGCUUUGGUUCUUUAUGAAAAUUAAUUCAGCAGGCUGAAGAAAAUGGUUCUUGUAUACAGCGGGCUGUUGUCCUCUAGGGUACUUGAGUAUGUAAAAACAAAAAAAAAUGCUGUAGAAUAAAACGAACUUGUGCCAUUAGUCUUUAUAUGUUUCUGCUCCAGAGAAGGCGCAGGCCAUAAGAGGAAAAAAAGGUGUUAAAGUGAUGAUAAAUUUUUAUACCAAAUGUGUUUAUUUUUUUGUGCAAGUAAUCCUUUAAAUUUGAAUUGUAUUAGGUGUUAAAAU